GUCGCUUGGCGGCAAAAUAUCCAGUUGAAAAUCAACUUGUAUCUGGAAUUAUUGUAUCUAAAGAUUUCGAAUUCAACAUUAUGGAUCCUAAUGAUCUUAAAGAUUUUAAUAGAAUAUCUACUUCAGCGAUAAUUCAAAAACAAACUAUCGCAUACUACUCUUCAUUCUCUCUAUUAAAGUAUCAUUUAGAACAGCUUAAAAGCCAAGUUCAACUUGAAUGGUCGAGUACUCCCAUGAAUGAUAAUAUCGCUGAUUCUGUACUAGAAGUCUCGCUGAAUAUUGAAAGCAGUCCAGCAUCCGUAAAAAUUCGGAGAAUAUAUAGUAAAGACGAUUCUAAAGAUGAAAUUAUUAUUAAAACGGAUGAUCGUAUCGUAGAAGUCAAUCUUAGCACUCUAGAAGUCAAAACUGAUGAUGAUGUAUUAAGAAACCGAAUAACACAAUAUUACGCGCGUUUUCGUCCUUGUUGCGGUAAUCCAGAAUUCACGGUUUUAAUGUUCGGAGAGAUUUCAAAUUUAAGCAUAAACGAAUUAGAAGAUUGGUUAAAGUCACAAUCGCCAUUUCCGUUUAUCCAUAUAAAAAAAAAAUUUGAUAGUAAAAAACCGGAAUCUAAUCCUGCCAACGUUGAGCCCGAACUCGCCAACGCUUAUGCCAACACUGAGCCAGAACAUGCCAACGUUGAACCCGAACUCGCCAACGCUGAGCCCGAACAUGACAACCCUGAACCAGGACUUGAAAACCCUGAGCGCGAAUUUGAGCCCGGUUGUAACUUUUUAUUUUUACACGAAAAAAUCUUACGGCUGGAAGAAAAGAAUAAACAAUUUGAAAAACGAAUAAUUGAUUUGGAAGAAACAUCAGAUAGAAAAAAAAGAAAAAUUAUCAUUAUAGACUAG